UUCCCGGCGCGGGAGGGGGAUGGGGCGGCGCGGGCCGGGGCGGGGCUUCAGCGCCUCCGGGAGCCUUAUCCCCGGCCGCGCGCCGAGGAGCGCUCAGUCGACUGAGGGAGCUGCGCGCGGCACGCGGCUAGUCUGCCUGACACAGGCGCCAGGGCUCAGGCGGGCGGACCGACGGACGGACGGAGUGAACAGACACACGCCCAGCACCGACAGCUCCGCGCAGGUCCCAGCCAGGCUUGCACCCAGAGGCCGGCAUCAGAUCGUGCCCGGAGGAAUCGCCCGCACUCCGCCCGCCCCAGCUCUAGUGCCAGCGCCCAGGGGCCGCCGCCUCGAAAGUGAUUGCUGCUUCGCCGCCUCCGCCGAGUCCGGGACGAUGAAGCUGCUGCCGUUGGUGGUGCUGAAGCUCCUUGUGGCUGCAGUGCUCUCGGCGUUGGUGACCGGAGAGAGCCUGGAACGGCUUCGGAGAGGGCUGGCGGCUGGAACCAGCAACCUGGACUCUCCCACUGAAUCUACAGACCAGCUGCUGCCUCCGGGAGGAGGCCGGGGCGGGGAAGUCCCAGACUUGCAAGGAGCAGACCUGGACCUUUUCAGAGCUGCUUUCUCAUCCAAGCCACAAGCUCUGGUCACACCAAGCAAGGAGGAGCGUGGGAAAAAAAAGAAGAAAGGCAAAGGGUUAGGGAAGAAGAGAGACCCAUGUCUUCGGAAAUACAAGGACUUCUGCAUCCACGGAGAAUGCAAAUAUGUGAAGGAGCUCCGGGCUCCAUCAUGCAUUUGCCACCCAGGUUACCAUGGAGAGAGGUGCCAUGGGCUGACCCUCCCGGUGGAAAAUCGCCUAUAUACUUAUGACCACACAACCAUCCUGGCUGUGGUGGCCGUGGUGCUGUCAUCUGUCUGUCUGCUUGUCAUCGUGGGGCUUCUCAUGUUUAGGUACCAUAGGAGAGGAGGUUAUGAUGUGGAAAAUGAAGAGAAAGUGAAGUUGGGCAUGACUACUUCCCACUGAGAGAGACUAUGCUCAAGGAAUCAGCUGAGGACUGCUACCUCUGACAAGACACAAGCUGAUCGCAGACUCUGCAGAGGGGAAGGACUUCACAACUGCCACAAAGACUCCUUCAUCCCCAGUUGCCAUCUAGAUCAGGCUUCCCAUAAUUGCUUUGCCAAAAUACCAGAGCCUUGAAGUGCCAAACAGAACAUGUCCAAUGGGAUCUGGGUCAGAAGGAAGCAAGAAUGAAGGACCUUCACACCCUUCUGAUUCCCCUCCACCAAACCCCACUUACCCCUGUAAGUUUGUUUAAACAUGUAUCUUCUGGAUUAAGAUGCCAGUUAAAUUCCAUAUGCUCCAGGAUCUUUGACUGAAAAAAAAAGAAGGAGAAGAAGAAGGAAAGAUUUGUGGACUGAAAGAAUGUAACAAAGAUUGAGAAGCCAUGUACUCAAGUAGCCACCAAGGGAUCUGCCAUUUGGACCCUCCAGCGCUGGAAUUGAUGAGCUAACUGUGAAAUACCACAAGCCUGAGAACUCUGAAUUUUGGGACUUCUACCCAGAUGGAAGAAUAACAACUAUUUUUUUGUUGUUUGUUUGUAAAAUGCCUCUUAAAUUAUAUAUUUAUUUUAUUCUAUAUAUGUUAAUUUAUUUAGUUUUUAACAAUCUAACAAUAAUAUUUCAAGUGCCUAGACUGUUACUUUGGCAAUUUCCUGGCCCUCCACCCCGCAUCCCCCACUAUCUGGCUCAGCAUCACUCUUUUCUGCCACAGAUCUGAGAUGUCUCUGUGACCCAUCUGUAGUAAUCUAUUGUCUGUCCACAUUUCUGAAGAUCUUCCACCAUCAGAGCGCCACAGGGGGAGGUAUGUACGGUCAGGAUGUAGGAGUUAACUUUGUCAGAUCCACUCUAUGAGUUGGACCAUGGUCUUGCCUAGGCAAUUUUGUCUACCAUUUGUGUUUUGAAAGCCCAAGGUGCUGAUGUCAAAGUGUAAGAGAUAUCAGUGUUUCCCUGUGUCCUCUCCCUGCCAAAUCUCAGAAGAGGUUGGGCUUCCAUGCCUGCAUCUGUCCUGGCUCCUCACCCGCCAUGGCCCCAGGCCCACAGAGUGGGAACUCACCCUCCCUUAUGUCAAGACAUUUCUCUUACUCCUGCCAUUCUUCUGGUGCUACUUCAUGCAGGGGUCAGCGCAGCAGAGGAUAAUCUGGAGAAGGUGUUAGCAAAGAAAAAGGAAACAUUGGAGCUGACUGUUCUUGGUAAUUGAUGACCUACCAAUUGCUACCAAGAAGGUUGGAGAUGAGGAGGGCUUUUGUAUAAACCCAUCCACCUCACCAAAACUACAAAAGUAUGCUGUCCCUUCUGGAAGUUUCUGGUGCCAUUUCUGAACUGUUACAACCCGUAUUUCCAAACUUGGUUCAUAUUUAUACUUUGCAAUUCAAAUAAAGAUAACUCUUACUCCAUA